AUGCACGAAAAUUUUGAAUUUUUAAAAUUUUUUUAAAAUAAAGUGUAAUUCUUGAUUAUUUAAAACAAUAUUAUUUUUUCUAUCAAAGAAAAAUUGAUUCUGAAUUUUAUACUUAAACUAGCGUUACGUCAGUAACUACUUUGAAAACGGGAUUAAAACAAUGUUAUUGACAUAACGCAACAAUAACAAUGAAUUACACUACCACAGAAUUUUUAUUAAUUUGAAAAUUGCACUUGCAAGCAUUAGAUUUACUUUUGAAAAAUUAAAUUGCUAUGCCAUGAGUGUUAUUUUUUAAUUGUUUAAUAAUCUAGUCGCUCAAGUUAUAUAUAAAUAGUAUUAAAAAAAGUAAUUUUGUUUGACACCAAAAGAAAAGUCUGCAAAAUGGAGGAAACAGAAUCCAGAGCAAAACAAAACCCUUAAGUUAUUCAAUAACUUAUUGACAGAGAUUAAAAGUUUCACUCAAUGAUGAGCAAAGGAAAAUUAGAAAUACAAAAAAUAGUGAAAGGCAAAAGAAGUAUAGAGAGAAGAAGAGAACUGCUGCAUUUGAUCUACCUAUAAAGGAAGUUUAUGGAAUGUAUAACAAACAGAAUCCAAGUAUUGUUAUUGGAUUAACAAAUUUUUUUACUCAAAACCAUGUAAUGUUUUAUCAAUCGCCAAAGUACCACAUAACGUUUGUGUUUGUGCUAUUCAUGAAAAUAUGCAUUUUAAAUUAGUACCUUUAAAAAAGUCACAUCCCAUAUUUGAUUAUUUGUUGACAGACAAUGACAUGCACUUAACCUUCACAUGUGAGAAUCCACUUAUUGAGUGUUUCAUGAACUAUUGCGAAUGUUGUAUGGAUGCACUUAACAUUCAAAUAUUGUAGUAUGAAAUAGAGAGUUUAAAUAAUCAAGCAAAAAUGGGUUAAAACUGAAUUAAAAAAGAAUCAUCCUAAGUUUUAUUGUAAUAUCAAGAAAGUCUCUAAGUCUGGGUUGAUAAGUGAAUUGUUAUAUGUUUUAAUUGUUAUGAUUUUUUGGAUUACGCAUAUGUAAAAAUUAAUCAAGCUAAACUAAAUUGUCAAAUGAUUGAUAUAUGUAUACAAAUUCUAACCAAGCUGUCAUAGGAGUUGAUUUUGCAGAAAACUUUAAAUACAUCAUUCAAAACAAAUCACAAAGUGCUCAUUACGGCCAGACUCUAAUUUCAAUCUUCACCUCAGUUGUAUAUCAUCGGUGUCAUUUGCAGUCACUUGCAAUUGCAUUGGACCAUCAAAAACAUUCAAAAGAAAUCGUGAUUCUGUUUAUUGAUAUCAUUAUGGAGCAGCUGCCAGAAACAGUCCAACAAGUACAUUUUGGAGUAAUAAUGCAACAUCUCAGUUCAAAAAUAAGUAUAUAAUGGAGUUUUUAAAAAUGUUACAAAAACAAUACAAGAUGAAAAUUAAAUGGGAUUUUUUGCAUCUAUGCACGGCAAAUCUGUUGUUGACUGAAUUAAAGGAUUUGUUAAAAGAUUUGUAAUAUAAUUCAGAAUUUUGGCUCAAAAUAUCGAAGUAACAGCAAAAUCCCAAUUUGCAAAAGCAGUAGAAAAUAUGGAUGUCAAGGUUAUUUUGGUUGAUGUUGAUGAAAUUAAAAAAUGCUAUGAAGAGAUUGGGUUGUCAAAAUUAAUUUUUUCAUCAAAAUCGUUACCAGGAAUAAAAAAAAAACAUUAUUUCAAAGUUCAAACUAUCACAAAAAAAAAUAAAGUUAUUGAGAAAAUUUUUGGCAAAAGAAAUCACACCUUGUUUGAUUUAAAAUCUAUUUGCUUAUUAACUAACUAAAGUUUAUAUUAUGAAACUGUGAUUAGAGUGGAAAGAGAAUAAGAAUACAAAAUUGGAUUUUUAUUUUUUGGGUUGUUUAGGUAAUUAUUUUUGAUCAAUGUGACAGCAUUUUACGGCAUUUACUCUCGAAGUAUUUAUAAAGAAGUCACACAAAUAUUUACCAAAUUUUAAAAUUAAAGUUAAAGCAACCAAAUAGUUACAUUUUGUUAUUAGAAUUUUUAUUUCAAGUUUAACAAAAAAAAAAUCUUUGACAUUUAAGCGCCUUUUUAUUUUGGCGCCUACAGGCUGCACCCCAAGGUUUACUGAAAUCACAUAAUAUUUUGAUUUUAUUAUUGAUAAAAUUAAUAUAUCAAUUUUAUUAAUAGUAAAUUUUAUUAAAAAAUAAAAUAAAACUUGACUAAAUUAGCAUGUUUUUAAACAACUAUGAUUCUCAACAAAUUUUAAACAAAUAUGAUUCUGAGUUAGAGCAUUACGUCAGUAAUGUAACAUCAGUUAUUAAUGAAUUUCAGAAUAGUAUCUUCUGCAAAGGGAAUUAAUCAGGGUUGGCAAAAACCCGGGUUUUUGACCAAAAACCCAACCCAGCUGGGUUUUUGGGUGGGUUUUUGAUGGGUUUUUGCUAAAGUUUGGUAUAAAUCUUUAGUAAUCAAAGUUUGAUUAAUUUAUAGUUUAUAAUAUAAUAAAGGUAUUUUUCAUUUUUUACAGGUAUAUUUUCUUAUACAAAAGCUUUAUUAAUAAUCAGAUUGCAUUUUUUUAUAAUAUAAAUCUAUUUUUAAAUAGAGUUAUCUUUUUAGUUAAAUUUAAAAUAUAAGUAGAUUAUACGUCUUCAACAUGCCAAAGUAUCAUUCAGGGGGAAGAAAUAAGGCUAGUGAGUGGAAUGAAGUGACCAUAUUAAGUGAUCAACCAAAUAGAGUAAUAUGUAAUUAUUGCAAAGUGAGCAUAAUUAAAAAAAUAGAAAGAGUUAAGAUCCAUUCGGAUAAAUGCAGAAGAAAGAAUAAACGAAGCAAUAAUAAUUCCGCUGAAGUGUUAAGUGAUAUAUCAGUUUUAGAGUCAAGGCCAUCUACAUCUGCAGCAUCAAAUAAGUCUAGUCUGUCUGAUGAUAAUGAGCAAGGAGGCUUAAGCUUUAUUAGUGAUUCUUUUUAUUCGUCAAUUGUUCAGUCAACUGCAAUGACGAUGCAACAGCAAACAUCUAUUUCUAAAUUUGUUACUACAACAACAAGUAAUCAGAGGGAUGAACUGGAUUUACAAGUUGCAAGAUUUUUCUUUUCAGCAAAUAUACCAUUCAACGUAGUAGAAAAUCUUGAAUUUACCAAGCUGCUUAAAAAACUUAGACCUGGAUAUGAGCCACCAAAUAGAAAACAGAUAUCUUCAGAACUCUUAGUAAAGAUAAAUGAAGGUGUAAUCAAUUUAAUGAAAAAUGAUCUUGCUGAUGAUAGUGCUGUUACCCUAAUUCAAGAUGGUUGGAGUACAUUCAGUAAUGAUCCUAUAAUUGCUCAUAGAAUCCAUAGUAAAAAUAAACCUUAUCUCAUUUCUGCAAUUGACACUGGAAGCUAAUCAAAAACAGCAGAAUAUUGCGCUCAAGCUGCUAAGGAUGCAAUUAAAAUUGCUAAAGAAACGUUCAAUAAAGAUGGUUGGUUAUUGGAAAAAGGUGGACUGAUGCCACAGCUACCUAAUGAUACUUGCUGGAACUCCCAACUAGAUUGUUUACAGACAUACAUAUCUAAUCAUUCUCUGUACGUUGACAUUAGAGGUGAGCAUAUGGAAUCCAUUGAUCCUUUGAAUGGAAGCCUAAUUGACAAUCUAUCAAUACAGAGAGAAGCAAUAAAUUUAUAUGCACAACUGAAAAUUGUUGGUGUUGCAUUAGAUAAGUUGCAAGCAGACGAUACAACUUUGUCUGAAGCAGUUGAGAUUUGGCAAAGCCUCAUACAUAAUGAAAAAUUGGCUUUGUACAAAGAUGAUAUUUUAAAGAGGUUCAAGAAGGCAAUUGUUAAUUGUCAUUUUCUUGCCAAUUUAGCAGAUCCAAAAUAUGAAGGAAGAACAUUGGAUAGAAGUCAAGAAGAAGAAGCUGAGGAAUGGUUGAAUGAAGUCUAUCCUGAAUUUAUGCCAAGCUAUUAUGCGUUUAAACUAAAAGAUGCUAAUUGUUUCCCAACAUGUUUAUUCAACGAUAGUGUUAAAAGCACAACAUCAGCAACAAAUUGGUGGAGAAUUAUAGAAAUGAAAGAAUCUAAGUCUUCCAAAUUGCCUGCAAAUUUUGCAAAAUUUUUACGGCAGUUGCACACUUGUCCAGCUAGUACUGGAUCCAUAGAAAGAUUUUUCUCAUCUUUUGGGAUUAUUUGGAGCAAAAUUAGAAACCUUUAGGAAGAGAAAAAGCUGAAAUGCUUGUACAAAUUUACAGACAUUUAAGAUCAAGAUGCACAAUUGCUGAUGACUUUUAGAUUAUUUUGUUUUAAAUGAUUAAGCUUGAAUAUUAUUGCUCCAAGUAAAAUAAAAUUCUUGUUUAUGACUUACUAAACUUCAUUUUUUGUUGUUAGUUGAUCAGCAUCAAAUCUUGUGUGUUAAUGGAAAUUGAUUUAUGAACAAAAAAAUUAAAAAUUAAAAAUUUAAGACCAAAAACCCAUAAAGUUGGGUUUUUGGUGGGUUUUUGGUGGGUUUUUGGUCUUGGGUUUUUGGGUGGGUUUUUGGGUUUGGGUUUUUGGGUACCAACCCUGGAAUUAAUACAUCUAUUUAGUUUAUAAGUACAACAAAUCAUCUACAUAAAUGAGUCUUUAAUUCAAAGUAAUUUUUUUUUUUUUUUUUUUUUUUUUAACUUUCAGAGAAACUUGAAAUCAAAUGUUGAUAUUAGAAAAAUAACUGAUUUCAGCGUUACGUCAGUAACAAAGAUAAAUACAAAUAGUCUGGAAAUUUUAUAUAUACACCAAUAUUACUCAUAUAUAUAAAUUCAUUUUGACUUUUAUUAUGAAGAUCUAAUAUAAAUAGAAAGUAUUUAAAUUAGGUAUGAAAUUUGCUAACAUUACAUCAGUAACUAUAGAAUGUACCAUAUGUUAAAUAAAAUUUUUUAGCACAACUAAAAAAAAAAAA